GUUGGACCGAAAGAGCAACAAUUCCUUCAGGUUAAACUGCUAGUUGACAUUUACGGCUUUCCUGGGGCUGAGUUCGAGUGUUUCUCCCUCCUACUAUUCCAUGAUGUAACUCUGUUCCAAUGAAAACAGGUGGAAUUCCCAGAUUCCUCCAAUCCCGAUCUGCCUUGAGAAUCCGUCGGAGAGAGUGAAGAGGCUGGUCAUGGCGCUGUAGUGAAGUUCGGCAGGGGAAAUUCGGCAAGACCAGAAAAGCACAAAUUUGGACUAUUGUGUAUAGUGUUUUUGGUUAUAAAUGCCUUUACGUUGUUGGAAGUAACCUUGGGCUACUUAUUUUUGGAAGUGAGUUGAUUCGCAAGAGAGCGACGAUUGUUUUUUAUCAGAACGGGAAGCCAGCCUACUUGCGUGAGCAAUAGAUACAAAGUUAACGUUCGUUUCACCUAGCCCACUGGAUAUACUAGUGUGACACUCAGGUGUGGGACGAGUCCAGUUGCUACGAUGGACCACUGGAAUUAAGGAAUUUGGGACUCCUGAUUUUUGUCUGGCAGCGUUUUGGAUGAACAAGUAACGUUAAAUUCCUUUCCGUGUGUUGCGAAAACGGAAAGUCGGCAGUCAUGCCAGCGAAAACAAAGUACAAUCUUGUUGACGAUGGCCAUGAUUUGAGAAUUCCAUUGCAUAACGAGGAAGCAUUCCAACAUGGGAUCAACUUCGAAGCCAAGUACAUCGGCAGUCUGGACGUGGCGCGGCCGAACAGCAGAGUGGAGAUCGUGGCUGCUAUGAGAAGAAUACGGUAUGAAUUCAAAGUGAAGAACAUCAAGAAGAAGAAGGUCAACAUCAUUGUCUCAGUGGAUGGAGUGAAGGUGGCACUCAGAAAAAAGUUAAAAAAGAAGGAGUGGACGUGGGAUGAGAGUAAGAUGAUGGUGAUGCAGGAUCCCAUUUACAGGAUCUUCUAUGUGUCUCAUGACUCCCAGGACCUGAAGAUCUUCAGCUACAUCGCCAGAGACGGACAGAGUAACAUCUUCCGUUGUAACGUCUUCAAGUCCAAGAAGAAGUCCCAGGCCAUGCGUAUCGUGCGGACGGUGGGCCAGGCGUUCGAGGUGUGUCAUAAACUCAGCUUGCAACACACACACCAGAACGCAGAUGGACAGGAGGACGCAAACAAUGACAAGACCUGCAACGAGGAGUCCACGCUCUCAGCCCGGGAGUUAACGGGAGUGGAGAAGUCGGCGGUUGCUGUGGAGACAGACAUCGAUGCGGAGGAGGCUCCCUUACCAUUACCGGACAGUACGGUUGAGGAAUUUAACCGCGGCGUCACUGACCUGGACGGAGUGGAUGCUACCGCCAAGACUGACCACACACACUUCAACAAUAUUGACAACGACAAGAAGGUUCCAGAGGAGGCCUCUCUGCUGCUUGCGUCCCCCAGGAUGCUGCUGCCGUCAUCGGGUACUCUGCCUCCCACCACCCCCCUGUCAGUCCACCACCAGAUCCAACUGCUACAGCAACAACUACAGCAACAACAGCAACAGACACAUGUAGCCGUGGCACAGGUGCACCUGUUGAAGGACCAACUGAGUGCGGAGGCUACAGCCAGACUGGAGGCCCAGGCCAGAGUGCACCAGCUGCUGCUUCAGAACAAGGACCUGCUGCAGCACAUCUCCCUACUGGUCAAACAGAUCCAGGAGCUGGAGGUCAAAAUGUCAGGACCCUGCUCUAUGGGUUCCCAGGAUAGUCUGUUGGAGAUCACUUUCCGUUCCACCGUCCCCCCAGUUUUGUGUGACCCUACGACCCCGCGACCCCAGGACCAUGUCAACCUCACCCUGCCAGCGCUGGGCAUCAACAUGGGCAUGGGCCAGGAUGGGACGGCCGCCCCACUCUCCUCCUCCUCCCUGCCCCUAGGCAACCACCUAGUUGACCAGAGUAUGUUUGAGAACUCCAACGCCUCCAGAGCUCCAGGCCAGGGGCUCCAGGCCUCCAGGUUGACUCAGGCCUCGGCCCGUCGCUCCCUGGUCACUGCUAACCCUGCCCUGGGUAGCAGCCCUGCCGAGGCCCCCUCCUCCACCGCUGUCGCUGGAGGUCAGCAGAGGCUGAAGAACGCCCUGAACCUGGGAAAGGUGGUGGGGGCAAAGGUCAAUGACCUGCUGCGGAGGAAGGAGCCCAGUCUUCUAGGAGACAUCGGGGUCACAGAGGUCAACAAGAACGUAGGAGCAGUCUGGAGCAAUAUGGAGGAGAUGACCCUGGGGACUACUGCCAAUAGUCAUACCUCUCUGGACUCCUUCCCUCGUCUGGACCCCCCUCCCCCCGGUAAGAAGCGUCUUCCUCGCGCCCUGAAGACCACCCAGGACAUGAUGAUCUCAUCUGACCCUGUCGUCACCACUCCCCCUGAGACCCCUGAUCACUCCCUCUCCUCCCCUGACAAAAACCCCCCCAUUAGCAAGGAGCAUACCCCACCCCAGGGAGAGAGGGAUGGAGAGAAUGAUGGAGGGAGAGACGGAUUCACCGGACUGACUGGCUCUCUGGACAGCGAGAGGAAAGAGGAGGAUGAGGUGGUGGAGAUGGAGAGAAAUGGAAGUAGUAAGAUGGAUGGAGUGGAAGGGGAUGAGACGGAAGAGAGGAGAGAGCCAGAGAAGACCCAGAUUCAGCUCCAGCUCUCUGUCCCAGACCUCAUCCAUAAGGACCACCCGGACCCCCACAGGUCGAAGACGUCUGAGCCCAGGCAGAAGGCACCGGGAGUGGACACGAGGCUGGCCUCCACCCCUCUGAAGGCUCCAUACAGGAUCAGUCUGAGUGUGAGUGAGGAUGGGCUGAUGGAGAAUGGCUCCCUCUGUAUGAGAGGAUCAGCAGUUACAGACACAGAGGAGCUUGAACAACACCCCGACCUGCUCUCCUUUGAGUAGAGACACACAUAAACACACACACACCACAUACAUACAAACAUACACACAUACAUGGAUACAUACACACAGACAGUGAUGUGGUGAGGACUUGGCAGAGGGAGAGAAGACAGAAAUUGUGUGUGCGAGAAAAUAAGAGGGAGAGAGGAUGUUUUUGACUAGACCCUAGACUUGGGUUAGGGCACAGGGAUAUAGAUUGUGAUGUUGUGUGUUUGUAUGUGAGUGGGAGUUGGAUAUAGUGGUAGAGAAUUGUAUUAAGGAAGGGUAUGUGUGAGAGAGGUAGAGAGAACAAGACAGACCGGGAAAGAGUAUCUAUUUUAGCAUCAUGAAGGGACAGACCACAGUGGCUUAGAAUCUUUUCAAGAGAACCAAAACCUCCUGGUCUGCCAAACAUUGUUUUAUAACCUUGUUUUAAGUCAUGUUUUAUAGUGUUAAUCUUGGAAGAUAAUGCUGAAGGAAGAUUUAUACCCAAGGAUUCUAGAUAUCUAGAUUUCAAAUAAAUAAUUUGGAAUGUCAUAGUACCCUUUCAUGCUGAGACAGAAUGUAUUUUUUAUGAUCUUUUAUAAUUGUUGCCCCUCAGAAAAUGUCAAACCGUCAGCGCUAAAUAUGAAAACAAAAGUGAACAUAACCAGUAACAUAACACAGUUUUGCGGGGCCACCUCGCAAGGUCUUGCGUGGAUUACGGGGGUGUCCGAUACGCCAGUGAACACGACAUAAACACUGAUUAAUAUGAUUCAACACCACAAGCUCUUUCUCUGUUUUUAUACGCCCACUGCUGUGUUCCUCAUUCUCACCCUUCAAGUGGAGACAUGUAUUGUGGGAGACGUGCGAUUGGGUUUGUUUCACCUGUGUAUGUGUCUGGUUUAUGUUUGUUGAUCGACGGUCAUUGUUUUAGUAGUGCCACUCACAGUCCUGUUGUUUUAUUUCCUUUUUAUGUGUCAUCUUUAUUUUGUCAUUUGAUUUGAAGUAAUGGUCAUUCUGCAACAAAAAAAGUUGUAAAAAAAUAUAUCACAAACACACACACAGGACACAUAGUAGGACAGAAUGAGGGGAAUGUAAGGCAGGUCUCUCCCAGAGAAAAUAGGCUUUGUCUGGGGCUGCUAUUCUCGCUUACAGGCUCCUCACCACUGUACUCAUCUACCCCUUCUCUUCCCCUCUCAUCCACUCCUUCCUGAGAUGAACAAACAGAUAUAAUCCACUAUCACAGCCCUUUUAUGUUCCUAGCACAGAUUGAGAUUAAUGAGACUUUAACCAGUGUUUCACAAAACUGACCGUAGAUCAGUGUGUCAGGGGAACUACUACUCUAAUAGACAAUGCUUAGUUAUCCUGGGUGGGGUGUAUGUGGAUCUGUGCUUCCAUCAGUCAGCACACAGAAUAUUAGUCUGGACCCAGUAUUUCUGGAAUGUAGUAGCCAGACACUGAGACUGGAGAGAGAGAGAGAGAGAGAGAGAGACAGAGGGGGGGGGGGGUGGACUGCAGGCGACAACAUGAAGAUUGAUACCAUUGGGAGUAUUUACAUCCAGAUUGUUCUUAGCCUAUUGUAUCAACCGAGUGUUUUCCAAACCGUGGGUCAUGGGACCUGGCUGAAAACGUCUGUGACUAAAAACAUGGAUUUCUGUGAUUGGAUGUUGGAAAGGCUAUAUGUAUGUCAAUGUGUUAUUAGAUACUCUGUUUGAUAAGGCAACCUAAUCAUGAUGUAAACUAAAGCAAUAAUUGAUAUAUUUUAAAUGAAUCAAUCAUUGUUUGUAGAGUGUAGACGGGUGUUGGCGUUAUAUUGUUAUUUCUAAAUGAGAACACUAAAGAGGACCGUUGCUUAUAGAGCUACAUUUUACAGCAUCAACACAUGUAUCAAUACUAUGCUGACCACUUAAGUUAUAUCAGAACUUGAAAUGUGAAGGAAAAUACUGUACAUUUGUGGAAAUAUUUUUACUACACCUUUAUAACGUCUCUGUAUAUGAAAAUCGUUUCACAUCUUAUUAAGAAAUGAAUGAAAGUGAUUUAUUUUGAAAUAGAAUUUAGUCAUAAAUCUCGUAGAAAAUGUUUCUAUUUAGCUAGUUGUAAAGAUAUUUGAUUGAAAUGGAAUGAUAUCACAUACUGUGCAUUUGAUUUGUUAUGAUUGAUUUAUUCAUAAUUGUAGUUAUUGUUUUAAGUUUUGUAUUCUACAAGAUGGUCAAUAUAAUUUCACUACUCCGCUGUUGAAUGAAGGAAAGCUAUAAUGAGCAACAAUGAUGUGGAUGUGUGUGACUGUAAGAGAGAGAGAGAAGCUUUGUGGUGUAUUUUGAGAGAUAUGGACAGUUCUGAUGAAGACCUUUCACUGGAACAGUUUUUCUAUUCAUUAUUUGUAAUACAUUUGGGUCACCAUGUCUUACAACAAAUCUGUGAUUUAAAUGGUUGUUUUUGAUUUAUUUAGAUUUUAUUGUUUUAUGAUUCUCUGUUUUUUUAACAUUGGGGAAAUAGUUACUCUUGCUACUGGAAAAUAUAAAGUUAAAAAAAUGAAAAAUGACUCCUUGUGCCUGUAACUUAUGGACGAAACGGAGAGAACUUAGCGCUCUUCUCUCUUUUCAGAAGCUUUCCUGUCUAUUUUGGGCCAUACAGAUGUAGGAUCUUCAUUUGAUCACUUUUCUUAUUGCUGGAAAAUGUUGCUGCAUGGCAGGAAAUACAAACUUGUAAUGUUUUCGAGGUUUAUAAAUGCUUCUAACAUUUGUAAUUUACACUUUAAAAUGUCAGCCUUGAUUUGCCCUAACAAAAAAUAUAGCAACCCCUACAAAAAAUGUUCAUUAAAGAUGCACUAUGCAGAAAUCGCUUCACCAUUUCCUGGUUGCAAAAUUCAAAUUUCAGUUUAUGUGACAAAACAAGUGUCACGCCCUGACCUUAAAGAGACGUUUUAUUUCUCUAUUUGGUUAGGUCAGGGUGUGAUCUGGGGUGGGCAUUCUAUGUUGUCUAUUUCUUUGUUUUUGGCCGAGUAUGGUUCCCAAUCAGAGGCAGCUGUCUAUCGUUGUCUCUGAUUGGGAAUCAUACUUAGGCAGCCCUUUUUCCCACUUUCUGUUGUGGGACCUUUUUUUUGUUAGUUGCUGUGUGAGCGCUACAUUACUUUACGUGUCGUUUAUCUUCUUGUUUUUUUGUUGGUGUUCAUUUAAUACAUUUAAAAUGUACGCCUACCACGCUGCACCUUGGUCUCAUUCGAACGACGGACGUAACAACAAGCAAGUACAGUGUAGAGAAUUAUUGUACCAUUUUCAAUAACCAAAAAUAGAUUAUUUUCCGCUGUUUGAAGCUGGUCUAGCAAAAUGAAAGUAAAAGUCUUAAAAAAACUCAACUUAAGAAUGGGAAGCAUAGAAAUAACGCAUAUUGAACAGAUCUACCACUUCCUAGAUUGCUUUCAAUGAGAAUGACAGAUCUAUAACUCACAUUUCUAUGUGAAUUUGGUAUGGUACCCCAAAACAAUAUUGCAACUGUAAUUAUAAUCCACAUAAUAUUUCACAUUUCCUGUUGCUGCAAGAAUAUUUUCCUGCUGUAGCAAACUGGCUCAGAUUAAGAUCCUACAUCUGUCUCCUAUUGUAUUAGUUCUUACCCUCACACAUAACCAUGGCAACUUGUGUCACAUUCAAAAGUGCCACUGUGACAGCCUGUUCUGCUGAAUUUAGGACCCUGGAAAGUUUAGAUAUAAACUUUAUAUAUACAAAUAUUUAUAUUUAUUUAUAUAAACAAAUAUAAUUCGAUUUUUCUUUGCAAUCACCCAUGUUUAUGAUUCCCUUCAUGCAAAAUGACGAUUAAGAGCAGAGGCAGAAAUUACAUGGCAAAUGUGAUCGACUGGCUCGAGUCGGUCUUAUGUUUUUACAUUGGAUAAAAGUAAAGACAGAGCUAGGAAAUGGUAUAUCUUACACUACAGUUGAGGAGCAGUGGGAAAGUAAUUCUGCUUUGAAAGUUGAUAAACUUGUAACCUCACGUUUGAGAAAAUGGCCCUUGAAUGUUUUGGUUAACCUAUUGGAGAGCCCUUCAGCAUCGUUCAUAUCCUCAUUGUUGUUAUGAAAAAGUAUAAACAGAAAAAUACAGGCUGCAUGACAUCAGCCAAAAUAGCAUAACUAGUCUAUUUUAACACCAAUUAACCCACCUGUUUAAACAUGAAUUCAGUAUAUGUCAAUCUAGCAAACCAGGGAACUAAAAGCAACUUUCUAAAUAAUGUUUUGGUUUGUUUAUUAGCUUGUUCGCUAGCUAGCUAAUGUUAAGUUAGCUGGCUAGCCAGUUCAGGUAAUGACCAUAUCAUAAAGAUGACAACGUCUUCGCUUUAGCUAAUUUUUCUUCAUUAUUACAGGAAAAUAAACUCACGACAAUAUCAUUAUUUCCAAGUUAAUAGCGAGUCAAUUACAAAAAAUUGCUUACGAUUGUGAGUGUGAGGAAAUAAAAGCAGCACUCUACCAGAGCAUUUUAGAACUUGGAUACGUUAUAGCCUAAUUUGACUUUUGUGCAGGUCAUGUUCUUCACUUUACCAUCUCUGGUAAAUAUAUACUAUAUCAAAUAAAAGUUUAUUUGUCACAUGCACAGGAUACAGAAGGUGUUGUGAAAUGGGUAAUUGGAUUGUAAAAGUAUUUUGUUUAUACAUCUAGCUAGCUAGCUAAACAAUGAACUAUAAUUCCAACUCAUAACGUUACUACCCUGCAUGAAUCUGCAAGUAGCUAACCAACCAGGUUCAAUGUUAGCUAGCUAACAAUAGGCUAUAACUAGCAAUGCAAAUGGCUCUGAGAUACUAAUAAUAUUACCACACAGAUAAUACACGUAACGUUAACUAGCGAGCCAGCCAGCUAACGUUAGCUAGCUAGCUAACAGUAUGCUUUAACUUGAAAUUAAAAUGACUUUCUGAUCAAAUCUGAAAAUGUAACUAACUAGACUAUCUUACCCGUAUACAUGGAUGGACUCUUCUCCCUCUCUGUCACUGAUGCCAUGGUUGCCCUUAGUUUGAAGAUGUAAUCAAGAGACCGGUGUUUUACACAACAGCCUUCUGUGUAUUCUGUUUUUGACUCCCUCUGCAUAUUUACAAUCAAACGGCUGAAUUUUCUCCAUAUCCUUAGCUAUCAUAUUCUAAUUCCAUCGGGCAUUCCACUGAUUUCAAAACUCAGUCCUCCGGAAAGUGGAGAGCAACACUUUUGCAAUUCUACUAUGUGAUAUCUUUCAAAAAAGCAGCAUUAGAAAUGAUUGCCUACACAUACUGACCAGCUCAUGUUAUAGACAGAAGUGUGCUACCUGGUAGACCAAUCCAAACUCAUCUCUUGGCAUGUCCAGCCCAUCCAUUAUCUCAUUAUCUCAGCCAAUCAUGGCUAAACCAACUAGGUUCAUAAUUGAACAAUUGUAUUCAUAUUUAAGAUGGCAUAUAAAUGUAUUAUUAAGGCACGUGAAAGUUGACAUGUUCCUGAAGGCAUUUAUGCCAAAAAAACACAUUUUGUUAAAAAAAAGGUUACGUUGAAAUGCGUCUUCUGUGAAGUAGUGAUGCACGACAUCACCUAGUUUCCUGAAAUGAGUCACAAAUACUUUGUUCAAAUGUUAAGAUUGUUUUCAAGGGAGCAGUCAUUUGUCUUUGUCUUUUUAUGGCUCUGUCUUUUUAAUGCAUUUUGCUAGAGGAGAUUUUUUGGGCUAAAAAAUACAUUCCAUUCACACACACCAUGGUUCCCACAUAUUGCAAACUGUGGCUUAUUUUCUUGUAUACCCUUUCUAUGCUGUACAGUUUGGCACAUGUUUCUUGUAUGCGGAGGAACUGGUGAAAGCUAUACUACCAAAUCUAAUCAGGACCCUGGCUUGAACCUAAUAUCUAUCUCCUGUCCCUGUUCUCUGAAAGUUCUUCUAUGGAGAAGCAAAAUAAAGAGGCUACAAUAAAUUAUGUAUAUUUGUCACGCCCUGGCCAUAGAGAGGUUUUUAUUCUCUAUUUUGGUUAGGCCAGGGUGUGACUAGGGUGGGCAUUCUAUGUUCAUUUUCUAUGUUUUGGAUUUCUUUGUUGUUUGGCCGUGUGGUUCUGAAUCAGAGGCAGCUGUCUAUCGUUGUCUCUGAUUGAGAACCAUACUUAGGUAGCCUUUUCCCACCUGAGUUUUGUGGGUAGUUGCUUUCUGUUUUUGUGUCUGCACCAGACAGAACUGUUUUGGUUGUUCUCUUUGUUGUUUUGUUAAUUAGUGUUCAGUUCCAUUAAUAAAAGGAUGAACACGUACCACGCUG